AUGGACGGCGAUAGGUCCCAAGGGAAAAGCUUCCCGCCGAGACCGCCAAAACCUGGACAGCAGGAGAAACGCGGACGACAAUCCCGCCCAAGGAAAGACGCAGGAAAACCGGAGGCUCCGUCCGAGAAGAGGAAUCGUGACGACCAUGACGACCUGCCCCCACCGCCGAAGCGACAAGUCAGCAUGAUCAUGGGAGGCCUCAUGGACAAUGACGACUCCAUAUCAGCGAUCAAGGAGUAUGAGCGAAAGGCCGUUACGGCACAACACUACCCAUAUAUCCAUAAAGGAAUCCCCACUAUCUCCUUUAUGGAUAAGAACGCAAGCGAAUUAGAUAUCCCCCAUCUCGACCCACUCGUGGUCACGCUACAGGUUCACGACUACGACAUCGCGAAGGUUCUAAUUGACACUGGCAGCACGGUGAACCUCAUCUUCCUAGAAACACUGGACCGCAAGGGAGUGGAACAGGGGUCCAUCAAACCCACGUCCCGUCCCCUUACCGGCUUCACCGCCGAGCACGUCUACAGUUGUGGUACGGUUCGGCUCCCCGUUUAUGUCGGCGGAAUUUUGAAGCUCCUGAAGUUCAUUGUCAUGGAUAAACCGGCCAUCUACAACGCAAUCCUCGGCACCCCCUGGCUCCACGAAAUGAAGGCCGUCGUCUCGACUUUCCACUAG